CACAGGUGCACUUUACAGGUAGACUCAGAUCAAGACUCAGAUAGCAUGAUGUCUUCAGCGGUGGUAUUGAAUCUUCUGCUUCUGGUGUCCAUCGCUUCAGCAGGACAUUAUUAUGGAGGCUCACUGACCUUCACACCUAAAGGAACAAAUCCAGAUGGUAGCAUAAGGGUUGAAUUUCGCAUCAAGCAAAACUAUGAUGAGGUCUCGUGCUAUUAUCAACCAUAUAACUGCGUCUCUGGGAAUUGUGGCUAUGAAAGCCAUCAGGUCUAUGGUAAGGUUGAGCGCAGCUCCAAUGGCAGAAGUGGUUACACUAACACUUGGUGCCAAAAUGAAGCUGUCGUCACAAGAAAUAUCCACGGAAAUGCACCAUUUGAUAUGCAGGAUUAUUCUUGCUGCUGGGUGCCCACAGUUAACUAUGUUGGUAAUUGGAGACUCCUGACACACGUAGAUCUUGGCAUAAGAGCUGACACAAAUAAACCCAACCACUCCCCUCUCACCACUAUUUUACCACUUAUACGUGUUCCUCAAAACUGCCCUCGUACAUACCACUUGAUGGCCUUUGACCCAGAUGGCGAUCAGGUCAGAUGCAGAUAUGGACUUCAGCAGAAUAGUGAAUGUGACAGGUGUGACCAGCCAAGUGGUUUCAACCUAAAUCAGCAUGCCUGCACUUUAGAGUACAGCAUUACUUACAACACAGGAGUCUAUGGAUUUGAGUUGGUUCUAGAGGACUUCCCUAAGAAACACACCAAUCUCGCCUACACUGAUGGCUCCCGGUCUUAUAGGUGCCCUCUAGGGAGUGCAAGACAAAACACAAUGACUACAACUGUGCCUACAACUUUUCCAUGGUGGUGGCGGUAUAACCAACAAACUACUACUAAUCCACCCCUAACUACCACUGUGCCUACAACUAUUCCAUGGUGGUGGUGGUAUCGCCAACAAACUACCACAGUUCCACCUACAACUACCACUGUGCCUGCAAUUACUCCAUGGUGGUGGGGGCCGCAGACCACAACAACAACAUCGCAUCAGCGUUCUUACGAACCAUUAAGCAAGAUCCCGCUGCAGUUCAGUUUUCUUGUUGACCCACCUGCUCCGUCCUGCACUGAGGGGCUCUACAUACCACACUUUUUGUCACCAACUCCACACGAUGGAGAACGACUCCACAGUGCACCCCUCCGUGAGCUAGAAAUUCGGGUUAAGGCAACAGCAGCUUACACAACGGUUAAUGAUGUCAUCAUUAGUGGCCCUCUUAACAUAACUAAGCACCCUAUGAGCUCUGGAGAGUACGCCAUCAGAUGGACACCAAUGAGGGACGAUCUUGGAGAAAGUUUCCCCAUAUGUUUCAUUGCUGAAAGCUCAGAUGGAAUGAACAUUUAUCAGUCUGAAAUGAGAUGUGUUAUUGUCACAGUUGGACGUCACGACGUUAAAGCGAAUGUGAUUUGCACUGAAAGCAACAUGGUGGUUGAAAUUGAGCAGCAGAACUCUGUCGGGCUACACAAGGACUUUCUGCGACUCAACGAUCCUGCCUGUACCCUGGACUCAAACGGCACUCAUGUGCUAGCAAACAUUUCUCUCAACGCUUGUGGUAAUUUGAUCGAGGAGGAUGACCAGUACAUCAUUUUCAAAAAUGAAAUCAUCUCAUCUGAUGACUCAAGCGGUAUCAUUACCAGAAAGCAUGAGGUGGCGAUUGAGUUCUCCUGUCGUUACGAGAAGAGCAGCAACAUUUCACUGGAGUUCACUGCACAGAGACGCAUAACCACCAUCACGGAGAGAGGCUUCGGUACCCUCACGUAUAGUUUCGGUCUCUUCGAAACAGAAAGUUACACCAUGAUGAUGAACGCAUAUCCGCUGGAAUAUGAACUUGGGGAAAUGAUGUACAUGCAGAUUGAAUCCCAGUCUUCAAUUAACAACACAGAGCUUUUCGUCGAGUCGUGUGUUGCGACGCCAUACAAUGACCCCAACUACCAAAUGCCCUACACAAUCAUCCAAAAUGGGUGCAUCUUGGAUGAAACAGUACAGUUUUACACAAGCCAUCAGUCAAUGGUCCGAUUUGGCAUGGAAGCCUUCAAAUUCAUUGGACUGCAUGAUCAGGUGUUCAUCAGCUGUUCAGUCAUCUUAUGUGAGGUCAACAACCCCCUUACCCGCUGUUCUCAGGGCUGCACAAACACCACAGUACCUCCACCAUCCCACCAUCAUCGCAAAAGAGAGGCACCAAUCCAGACAUCCAGUCACUCCAUCUCUCAGGGACCCCUGCGCCUAAAGAGAAGCGUGGAGCGUCAAGUAUCCUCCACCGCUUUGAAUCUGAAUCUGGUCUUUAUUGCUGGAUGUCUCCUGGCAGCGGUUGGCAUGGUUUGUGCUGUCUUGAUCUACAGAAGCAGAAGACAACAGAUCAAAUAUCAACCUCUUCAAUCAGCUGAAAUUUAAUUGUCAGACUCAAGAAAUGCUGUCCCUUGUCUUUACUUUCUCAGGGCGGAUCUUGGCUUUGACAGAUUUUUGAAUGAUUAAACAGAUUAUUGUAUAAUAUAGUUAGCUUCGUUUUCAGCAUUUGUUUCAGCUAUGAUUUGCAUAUCUUAUAUAUACACACUGCAUAGUGCAUAUACGAUGUAAUAUACUUUUUUUACUAUUGUUAAUUACAAAUAAAAAAUAAACAGAAUAUCUGAUUGAUUUUAAAAACU